AUGAAUAACUUUGAAGGAGUCAUACCUCCAUUGAUUCAGAUGAAAUCUUCACUUUUCCCAUCAAUAGUAAACUUAGCCAGAAACAAAAUUGAAGGCCCUAUCCCUACUCAGCUCGAGAAUGUUAAUGUCAUUGAUUUAUCACUUAACAAUUUCGUAGGCUCUAUUCCAGCACAGAUGGGAGAAAUUCCAGCAAUCAGGUCCAUAUCAUUAUCCAAAAACAAAAUUCAUGGUCCAAUACCUGAAUCAUUUUUCCAAUCAAUUAAUGUUCUCCAGGUUCUUGAUCUCUCUAAUAAUAGCCUUUCAUGCACCGUUCCUCGCAGUUUGGGGAACUGCAAGUCUCUGAUUUACCUUAAUCUUGGACAAAACAAGCUCACUGGAAGUGUUCCGGAAGAACUUGAACGUGUUACAAGCCUUCGUUACCUUGACCUGAAUGGAAAUGAGUUUGAAGGUUCUUUUCCGACAGUAAUUGAGAAGUUUCAAGAACUGGAGAUCCUGAAUUUGGCAGGCAAUAGAUUUAAAGGAAGGAUACCAAAGUUCAUCGGUGACCUAUACCACCUCCGUAUCCUUGUGCUUGCAUCAAACUCAUUCAAUGAAUCUAUACCGGAAGGGGUAAUGAAGUUAGAAAAUCUACAAUUUAUUAGUUUGUCCAGGAACAAGCUACCCGGUCCGAUUCCUGAGAAUCUUAAAGGAUUGAAAAAGAUGACAAAAUAA